ACGGACAAUUCAACAUAUAAAUUCAUUAAAAUCACCUAAAAUCCUCAGAACUUAUCUAUUAUUAUUUCAUCAACAAUGUUUUAUCUUUUUUUUCUUGUUACUUUGUUUGUACAAUAUGUACAAAGUGUUCCUCAGAAUAGCUCAAUUGUUGAAUUUCUUCCUGGUUUUGAUGGACCCCUUCCUUUUUAUCUUGAGACUGGAUACAUUGGAAUUGGUAAAUCUGAGGAAGUACAACUAUUCUAUUACUUUGUUAAAUCCGAAUCCGACCCGAGAAAAGAUCCACUCUUGCUAUGGCUGAGCGGAGGGCCCGGUUGCUCUUCCUUCACAGGGUUGGCGUACGAAGUAGGUCCAUUGGAUUUUGGCCAAAAGGCAUACAAUGGUAGCCUACCAAUUCUUGUUUCAAGUCCAUAUUCAUGGACCAAGUUUGCGAGCAUACUUUUCUUGGAGCAGCCUGCUAACACUGGGUUCUCGUAUGCAACAACUUCGGAGGCGUGCAAGUGUACUGAUCUACAAGCGUGCGACCAGGUCUAUGAAUUUCUAAGAAAGUGGCUUGUUAAUCAUCCAGAAUUCAUUUUGAACCCUUUCUAUGUUUCUGGGGAUUCAUAUUCAGGCAUUACAGUUCCAGUUAUUGUUCAACUAAUAUCACAUGGGAUUGAAGCAGGAAAAGAGCCAUUAAUCAACCUUAAGGGCUAUUCACUUGGAAAUCCAAAAACAUUUCCCGGAGAAACCAAUUACCAAAUUCCUUAUUGUCAUGGUAUGGGGCUAAUAUCCAACGAACUUUAUGAGUCGUUGAACGAGAUUUGCAAAGGCGAUUACCUGAACAUAGAUCCUACCAACAAACUAUGUGUUGAAAACUUUAAAAUGUUCAAGAAUCUUGUGAGUAGCAUAAAUGAUCAGCAAAUACUAGAGCCUUUUUGUGGAACAGACUCUGAAGAACUUCCUCCCCAAUUGUCUAGUGAAAGAAGAUCUCUUGAAGAGGAUUUCAUCUUUCAAAAAUACGAUGAAUUUAUUUGUCGAGAAAGUCGUGUCGUCAAACGCAAGCUUUCCACUUAUUGGGCAAAUGAUCCAAGAGUUCAAGAGGCUCUCCAUGUUAGAAAGGGAACUAUAAGAAGACCAUGGGCGAGAUGUAGGCAAAGUAUUAUGUUUACAAGUUACAAAGUUACUUUCAUGAAUAGUAUACUGUAUCAUGUAAACAUUAGUUCAAAAGGUUAUCGAUCACUUAUAUACAGUGGUGAUCAUGACAUGGUUGUUCCUUUCCAAUCGACACAAGCAUGGAUAAAGUAUCUAAAUUAUUCAAUUAUUGAUGAUUGGCACCCAUGGACGAUUGAUGGACAAGUUGCAGGUUACACAAGGUCUUUCUCUAAUCAUAUGACAUAUGCAACAGUAAAGGGAGGAGGACACACAUCUCCGGAGUACAAACGCGAAGAGAGCUUUCAUAUGUUUAAAAGAUGGAUAGCUCAACAACCCUUACAUUAUAUCUAUUAUUAUUCAUAUUCAACAAUGUUUCAUCUUCUUUUGCUUGUUACAUUGUUUCUACAUGUACAAAGUGUUCCACAAAAUAGCUCAAUUGUUGAAUUUCUUCCUGGUUUUGAUGGACCUCUUCCUUUUUAUCUCCAAACUGGAUACAUUGGAGUUGGCAAAUCGGAGGAAGUGCAACUAUUCUAUUACUUUGUUAAAUCAGAAUUCAACCCGAGAAAAGAUCCGCUCUUGCUAUGGCUAACCGGAGGGCCCGGUUGCUCUUCCUUCACAGGGUUAGCAUAUGAAGUAGGUCCAUUGGAGUUUGGCCAAAAGGCAUACAAUGGCAGCCUACCAAUUCUUGUUACAAAUCCAUAUUCAUGGACCAAGUUUGCGAGUAUAUUGUUCUUGGAGCAGCCUGUUAAUACCGGAUUCUCAUAUGGAAAAACUUCAGAGGCGUACAAGUGUACUGAUCUACAAGCAUGUGACCAUGUCUAUGAAUUUCUAAGAAAGUGGUUUGUUAAUCAUCCAGAAUUCAUUUCGAACUCUUUCUAUGUUUCUGGAGACUCAUAUUCAGGCAUUACAAUUCCAGUUAUUGUUCAACUAAUAUCUGAAGGAAUUAAAGCAGGAAAAGAGUCAUUAAUCAACCUUAAGGGCUAUUCACUUGGAAAUCCAGUAACAUUUCCUGAGGAAGACAAUUACCGAAUUCCUUUUUGUCAUGGUAUGGGGCUAAUAUCUGACGAACUUUAUGAGUCGUUGAACGAGUUUUGCAAAGGCGAUUACAUAAACAUAGAUCCUACCAACAAACAAUGUGUUGAAAACUUUAAAAUGUUCAAGAAUCUUGUGAGUGGUAUAAAUGAACAGCAAAUACUAGAGCCUUUUUGUGGAACAUACUCUGAAGAACCUCCACCCCAAUUGUUUAGUGAAAGAAGAUCUCUUGAAGAGGAUUUCAUCUUUCAAAAAUUCGAUGACUUUAUCUGUCGAGAAAGUCGUAUCGCCACACGCAAGCUUUCCACUUAUUGGGCAAAUGAUCCGAGAGUUCAAAAGGCUCUCCAUGUUAGAAAGGGAACUAUAAGAAGACCAUGGGCGAGAUGUAGGCAAAGUAUUAUGUCUACAAGUUACACAGUUACUUUCAUGAAUAGUAUACCGUAUCAUGUAAACCUUAGUUCAAAAGGUUAUCGAUCACUUAUAUACAGUGGUGAUCAUGACAUGGUUGUUCCUUUCCAAUCGACACAAGCAUGGAUAAAGUAUUUGAAUUAUUCAAUUAUUGAUGAUUGGCGUCCAUGGACGAUUGAUGGACAAGUUGCAGGUUACACAAGGUCUUUCUCAAAUCAGAUGACAUACGCAACAGUAAAGGGGGCAGGACACACAACUCCGGAGUACAAACGCAAAGAAAGCUUUCAUAUGUUUAAAAGAUGGAUAGCUCAACAACCCUUGUAAUAUUUUUAAACAUAUCGUAUCUAUAAUGAAUUAAUAAAUGAAGGUUUCAAGUGGGAAAAA